AUGGUAGUCCUGGUCCAUUUCCUCGCCUGGUCGAGCCUCGCCCUCCCGGGCCUCGCGGCUCCCAAUGACAAUGACCGGCGUCACAAUCGGCCGAAGGUCACUCCCAUGAAGCGAAUCUCGCUUGGCCCUCGCCCCUACUGGCUUGUCGACCGCAUGGACGAUGGCCCGCUCAAGACCAAGCUCACCUCGUGCUCGGAGAAGGAGAUGAAGCGAAGCGACUGGAGCAUCUCGCAUCGGGGCGGCGGGACGAUGAUGAUGCCAGAGCAUACGCUCGAUUCCAUCAUGGCCGGCUCACGCAUGGGGGCCGGUAUCCAGGAAUGCGACGUAACGUUCACCAAGGACAAGCAGCUCGUCUGCCGGCACGACCAGUGCGACCUGCACACCACCACCAACGUCGUCUCCAUUCCCGAGCUCAACGCCAAAUGCACCGUCCCCUUCCAGCCUGCGGCCAACGGCACCAAGGCAACCGCAAAGUGCUGUACCUCGGACUUCACGCUUGCCGAGAUCAAGACGCUCUGCGCCAAGAUGGACGCCUCCAAACCCGACGCGACCACCCCGGCCGAGUACCUCUUGGGCACGCCCCUCUACCGGACGGAUCUGUACGCCAGGACGGUGUGCAGCCGUGUGCCCACGCUGCGCGAGUACAUCGACCUUGUCGACGCUCUGGGCCUGAAAUUCACGCCGGAGCUCAAGACCCCGCAGGUGCCGAUGCCCUUCCCCGCCGGCAGCGACUACACGCAGGCCAAGUUCGCGCAGCAGAUGAUCGACGAGUUCAAGGCGGCGGGGAUCAAGCCGGAGCGCGUGUGGCCGCAGUCGUUCCUGUACGACGACGUCCUGUACUGGCUCAAGGCCGAGCCCAAAUGGGGCAAGCAGGCCGUUCUGCUCGACGAGAGCGGGGACCCGCCCGCGACCAUGGCCCAGGCAGUGGCCAACCUCAAGAAGUACGCCAAGGACGGGGUCAAGGUCGUCGCGCCGCCGCUUCCGUACCUUGUGACGGUCGAGAACGGCAAGAUCGUCCCGAGCGAGUAUGCGCGCAGCGCGAAGAGCCUCGGGUUCAAGAUCUUGACGUGGAGUCUCGAGCGCAGCGGGUGGCUGGGCGAUGGCUCGGCGGGCGGCUACUACUACGGCAGCAUCGCGAACGUCACCAACAGCGAGGGCGACGUGUACAACCUCCUGCAUGUGCUGGCGCAGGAUGUGAAGGUGGCUGGUGUCUUUUCGGACUGGAGCGCCACCGUCACGUACUACGCAAACUGCUUUGGCCUGUUCUGA